AUUUAUUUUAAAGAUCAGUAUAUAUAUAAUAUUCAAUGUAUUUCAAAUAUCAAAGUUUUUGUCAGAGUAAUAGCGACUUGUGUACCGUGUUUCGAUCCAUAAAGUUCGUCCGGAGAUGCGCUUGCGCUCUCUCUAAAGAUUGGUACCUGCGCUUUGGAAGUCGUCUACGAGCUGAGUCCUCGACGCGUUUUGUUUGCUUCCUGGUCUCAGAUAGGAUCAACAACAAAGUUAUGAAGGUAUCCUGAAAACACAGAUGCUCUUUUGAAAUGAGUCUCUCAUCUUUGAAGCCAAUCUGACGUACGUUAGUUUCUGGAGAAGGAACUCCAGGAAGUAAUCCGGGCUUAGUCCUGAAUAAGAUGACGUUCUCGAAUCGAUUCACAAAUAUAUUAAUCUUUCUUCUUUGGACCGGCGUGAUAAAAUGUUACAAUGUUCCCUGCACAUUCAAUACCAUGUGCAUGUGUUGGGUCCAGGAUGAUGAUGAUGAUUUCACGAAGAUGGACAUCAGUUGCAUGGGAGUUCCAUUCGCACGAUUUCCUGAUGUAUCAGUAAGCUAUGUGGCGCAAUUAGAUAUUGCUGGCUCCGGGAUACAAGUGCUGGAUAAUGAUGCACUUGCGAGUUCCGCCGGUGUCGAAGCUCUGGGAUUGAUGAGCAACCGGUUAUCCAGCAUAAGUGAUAAAUCUCUAUUAGGUGUUACGGACAGUCUACGUUCAUUGGAUCUAAGCUACAACUCUCUCGAGGAUGUGCCUUUCAAGGUUUUUCGCGAUUUAAGAAAAUUAAAUUGGCUCAACAUGCACAGCAAUCAUCUAACAUCGUUGGAUGGCGACUGGGGUCGCACCAGAGAGACUUUGACGAACGCAUUCUUCGGGGAUAACUCGAUUACUGAAGUAUCUAAAAUCUUUUCGAGUUUUGCUGCGCUGGUAUGGUUGAAUCUGGAUAGCAACAACAUCGAGAAGCUCUCCGAGGAUUCUUUGCCACCAAACAUGCACACCUUGAGCAUCAACAAUAAUCUUUUGAAGGAAUUCCCGCAGUCUUUAGGAGGUUUGAAAAAACUUACCUGGCUUUAUAUGAGAGGAAACGAUCUCAAGUAUCUGGAAUUACCGGAUUUCCGUAGUUCCGGUUUGGAAUUGAUCGACGUUAGCGAGAAUUCCAUCGAAUGGAUAAAGACACCUACCUUGAGCAAUCGUACUUUAAAGGUGAGGGACUUUAAUCUCGCCGGAAACAAAUUGGCCUCAUUGCCCGGCAAAAUGUUUCAUCAUCUCGAAACGAGAAGAAUCCACUUGUCGUCAAACAAUAUCAGAAAUGUUGACAGCGAAGCCUUUCACGGUCUGGAAGAUAUUGUCGAAUAUUUGAAUCUCGAAAACAACGAUUUGCCGGCGGUGCCGAGCUCAGUUAGUCGAUUGAGAACAUUGUCGUACCUUUACUUGGCUAACAACGAGAUUAGAAAUAUUUCCGGUGAGGCCUUUCAAGAAUUUGCAGAGCAUCUGAAGGCCCUCUCUCUUGCGACUAACAGUCUAGAUGCAGUGCCCGUGGCUGCUUUGUCCAGAUGCCAGAGGCUACUGCACCUGAAUCUCGGUUAUAACAAGAUCUCUCAUGUAGAAUCGGGUGAUUUCGAAUGGGCCGAGGACCUUGAGAUCCUAUUGCUCAGGAACAAUGUCCUGACGAAACUGAAAGCUGAGACCUUCAAGGGAGCCGGCAAAUUAAAGGAGCUCAGCUUAUCCUUCAAUCACUUAACGGAACUUGAUGAUGACUGCUUUGUUGGUAUCGAGGAGAGUCUGGACAUUCUCGAAUUGAGCUUCGCCUUCGCUACAGAUAUUUUUCCUCAACGUGCGCUCAGGCCACUCUCAAAUCUUCGUUGGCUUGUAUUAGACAACAAUAAUUUCCAGACAAUCGAGGCGACCGCCUUUUACUCCUUCCAACAACUACGUUAUAUUAACAUGGAAUCGAACAGACUGCAUUAUUUACCUGAGAGGAUAUUUCUCUCAAGCGUACAUCCGGAAUUAAGAGAUGUCAAACUGGGAUACAACUUCUUGGAGGCGAUCCCAGAAUCAAGUUUUCAUAAUUUGACUGAACUGUUAUCCCUUGAUUUAACCGGCAAUCGAAUAAAAGUCUUGACAUCCGGCUCCAUUAUGGAUUGUCCGAAGCUAGUUACCAUCUCGUUAGCUUACAACAGAAUACACAAGAUGGAGAGAAAUUCCUUGUACGGCUUGUCCAGCUUGCGUUUCCUUCACUUGGAAUUCAACAAACUGACUGUGCUGGAUUUGGCUGCUAUCGCGGAAAUUGGUGGCCCCGACUUUGCACUGAAUGUUUCCUAUAAUGCAAUCGCGUACGUCGACUCGGGAUCCACGAUGAACAAUCUUACCAGAUUGGAUCUUGGAUUUAACAAUAUCAGUCAUUUAUCAGCGGAUACGUUUUACGGAACGCCCGAUUUAAAAAGCUUAAAUCUACGGAGCAAUUUUCUCACAACGAUUGAUUCAGGAACAUUCGCGUUCCCUCAUUUGGAAAUUCUGGAUCUAAGUGACAACAAGAUAGACACGUUACGUAAGCAAUCUUUCCACGGUUUAGAAUCUCUUCAACGGCUGGACCUCGGCGGAAACGAAAUCAUCCAGCUGUCAACCGAACAAUUUAGAAACCUCAAAAGUUUGAGGAUUCUAAAUCUCUCGAACAACAAGAUUCGAUCGUUACCGCGAGACGUUUUCGAGGGUACUAGACUAGAGAUCCUCGACCUUAGUCAUAACAAAUUCACCGUCGUACCGUCAGCAUCAUUCUUAGAAGUCGCCUACACUCUGAGAGAUCUCAAUAUGGCGGAAAACUUUUUAGAUCACCUUGACUCGACCGCUUUUCCGACUUCUCAUCUAGUAUCCCUGGAUCUCGCGCAAAAUCGUCUAAGUAUACUGCCAGAUAAUUCAUUCGUCUCCUUGGGAAAAUUACUCAGCUUAAAUGUGUCUCAGAAUAUUCUUCAGGCAAACUUCAAAGAGUUGUUUCAUUACUUGCCAAAUCUUAGGCAACUUUACAUGGCUAAUUGCGGCCUUAGAAGCGUACCAUUACUGCCAUUGACGAAUUUAAAUAUCUUGGAUUUAUCUUUCAACAAUGUUGGCGAAACCGCUGACAAGCAGUUUCAAUAUCUAGAGGGUUUAAAGAUUCUUUUGUUGGUAAAUAAUUCAUUGACAUUAAUGCCUGGUGUUAGAUUGAACUUGUUGAGGGAGCUCGACGUAUCUGGCAAUCCUAUCGAGGAACUGACGAAAGAUAGCUUCUUGGGUUAUCCGAGACUAGAAAAAUUAAACUUGAGGAAUUUAAAUCGGACCAGAUUAGUGGACAGGGAUUGUCUUCGACCUUUAAAAUAUUUAAAGCACCUGCGAAUUCAAACGUGGCCUCAAGCCGACGGGUUUCAUCUGCGUCACUUGCUGUCCGGACUACCUCUUCGAACGGUCGAGAUUCAGGUGACGGAACAUUUGCUAAGACAUCAAAUACAAAAUGUCUUUACAAAACAAUUGAGAGAGUUGACGAUCACCGGAAGCGACCUUGAAUUGAUCUCCUCCGAAGCAUUCUCCACUAUCGAAGGCGGAGAAUUAAUAUUGAGAAUCAAAGACACGCACGUUCAAAGACUUCAAUCGGAUAUUUUUCUAUCGUUAACGAAAAGAUUGUCGCAGCUUACUUUGGAUCUAAGAAACAAUCAUAUCAACGAAUUGAGUCCGUCGAUAAUUUACGGAAAUCUUUCUUGGGAGACUGUUGGGACCAAUAUGGUGGCUGGGGGACUUCAGGUAUCCGGGAACCCGCUCGAAUGCGACUGUGAGAUUGCGUGGCUGAGUUUAUGGCUGCGCAGAUGGCUCAGAGAAUCUCGACAGAUUCAUACAGCAUCGCAGUCCGAUGCCAGACAACUAAGGACCAUAGCUGGCCGAGCUGUAUGUACGGAAACAACCCCGUCUUAUUCUUCCGAUAAGGUCUUGUUAACCUUAGGAACUCCGCACACCGCUUGCCAAGCGUCCGCCCUCAGUUCGGGAAAUUACGAACGACUGGCGACAGCUUGGCUGGCCUUCAUCGAAUUCUUCAUCUUCGUUUUCAUUGCUAAUUAACGGCGAGUUCAUAUUACGACGAAUAGUUCUUGGGCCUAGUCUUUUUAAAAAGUUAAAAGUGAUUUUUUAUGUAAGAGAUUAUCAAUAAAAAAAAAAAUAAAGUUGAAUAAUUAU